CUCGCCAGGGGGGCGGGGGGGGGCGCGCUGAGCGGCUGGCCGUUGCCAGGCGACGGAGGAAGUCCCGCCCCCGGCGCGCGCCGCCUCACGGGUCUGGAGGGGGAGCGGGAAACGGCGGUCGCACCUUCCGCCGGCGCGGUUCCUGUUCAGCCCGGCUGCCGGGGCUGGAGCGGAGCAUGCAGAGGAGGACGCGCCUGCAGCGGGAGCUGUCCCUGCUCGCCGCGGAGCCGCCGCCGGGAAUCUCCUGCUGGCACAGCGGGCACGGCGCCGGCGAGCUGCGGGCACGAUUCCAUGAUCUGAGCACUUCUGCAGCUUUGGGAGCUCCCUGGAGGCUGCUGGACAUAUCCAAAGGGUUUGGAAUGUACCCUUUCUGUUUUCAUCUUGCUCCUGAAGAAAUCCUAGGAGGUGCAGACACACCCUAUGAGAAGGGAAUAUUCAACCUGGAAAUCAUCGUUCCUGAGAGGUACCCCUUUGAGCCCCCCAAAAUCCGCUUCCUGACCCCCAUCUAUCACCCCAACAUCGACUCUGCGGGCAGGAUUUGCCUGGAUGUGCUCAAGUUACCCCCCAAGGGUGCCUGGAGGCCCUCACUGAGCAUCUCCACCCUGCUGAGCUCCAUCCAGCUGCUGAUGGCAGAGCCCAACCCCGACGACCCUCUCAUGGCUGACAUCUCCUCAGAGUACAAGUACAACAAGCAGCUGUUCCUGCUUCGGGCCCGGGAGUGGACGGAGAGACACGCGGGGCAGGGCAGGGCUCCCGAGCCUUUGGAAGAGAAAAGCACCCAGGGGGAAAGGAGCCCCAGCAGUGAGUCCUCUGGGCAGAAGAGGAAAGGGAGCAACAUCAGCAGGAAGGAGAAGAAAUCCUGCCCAGAUUCCUGAUUCCUGAGGGGGUUUUGUUCCCUUGGGAUUGUCCCUGUCCCCUUCCUCAGGUACGAGGUGUCCUGCCUGUAAAGGGCUGCAGCAGUUUGGGUUUUACUGUUUCCGUGUUUGUUUGAGGUUUUCUUUUUGUGAAAACUUUUCAUUGUAUUAAUAAAAUAUGA